AUCAACAUGAAGAUCUCUAUCUUUGCUGGUGUUCUGCUGAUCUCUGCUGCCGUGCUCUCUGUGGACGGACAAAGUUGGGCUAAGUUUGAGCAUAAGCAUAUCAAUGCUGGGAUGACUGUUGUCCAAUGUACCCAGGUUAUAAAAGAUAGAAAAAUCGUGACCCCACCCACCCAAGUGAACCCAAGCAACAGCUGCAAGAGUCUCAAUACCUUCAUCAUCAAAGGGGAUGUGAAAGCCAUCUGUGCUGUAGGAGGAGGAGACCCAUAUGGCACCAACGGUAUGACAAUCAGCAAAGCUACUUUCCCAAUUGUUGACUGUAACCUGGUGAAGCAGAAUCCACCUGCUGUUCCCUACAACUGUCAGUACAAAGGAGUAGCUCGUAACAACAGAAGAAUUAUAGUCAGAUGUGAACAUGGUCUUCCUGUUCACUUACAUGGAAGUCAGUAAUCUAAUACUACCUGAUGUAUCAGAGUAAUCUGUUACUACCUGAUGUAUCAGAGUAAUCUGUU